CUGCAACCAUCCUCGUUCGUAAUUCCUACUUCCGCUGCUUUCUUCCCUGCGCACAGAAUUCUGCAACUUUUUCUCUGCUCUCAUCCUUAUCCGCAGGCUUGAGCUGCUAGCAAUCCUAGCAAAUUGGAAGAAUGGCAUACACAACGUUGAAGCCAAUGAAGCCCGGUAUGGAGGAGCCCCAGGAGCAAAUCCAUAAGAUCAGAAUCACUCUCUCUUCUAAGAAUGUCAAGAACCUUGAAAAAGUUUGCAGUGAUUUGGUCCGAGGCGCCAAGGACAAGAGUCUCAGGGUUAAGGGACCGGUUAGGAUUCCCACGAAAGUUCUUCUUAUUACUACUAGAAAGGCUCCAUGCGGAGAAGGUACCAACACUUGGGAUAGGUUUGAACUUCGCGUACACAAGAGGGUGAUUGACCUCUUCAGCUCACCCGAAGUUGUCAAACAGAUUACCUCAAUUACCAUUGAACCGGGGGUUGAAGUUGAAGUUACCAUUGCGGAUUCUUAGUUUUUUUUUGUCUUUAGUAAUUAAUUUAAUUGCUGAAUGCAUUUUGGGAUUUCUUUCCACAUCUUCUUAAUUCUCAUGGACAUGAAGAGUUGAAGGUAGUAGACUUUAUUUAUAGCAUUGGGGUUUAGACAAAUUUUGUUAUUUCAAGAAAGAGCAUACGUUUAGAGCGUAGAACAUAUUAUUAUUUACAGUAUAUUAUUGCCAUUUGGUUUUAGUAUAUCUUUCCCGACUUUCAUGAUGU